AUGGCGGGCAAUGCCAUGGAAGAUUUGCUGGGGCCACCAAGCACUGGGCAACAGUACAGCCAUCAGCAGUACAUACCCGGGACGGAGUACUACACUCCGCCUUCAGCACCAGAUCCAGGCAAGACGGUGGAUCUUUCUGGCCACAGCGCCGCGAGCUAUUCGACUCCCCCGCCGGGUCCUAGCUUUCGGCCUCCUAGUGGUCCGAGCAGCAGCAGCAGCACCGGCUUCGGAUCGCGAGAUCGAGGGCCUUCCAGCUUGGAAGGAGGGAGCGGACCGACGCUGUCCUUGUCCAGCUUGAACCCACAAGCUAUCAUGCAGCAGCUGACAUCGCGGCCAUUGACGGAAGUGGUAACGGAGCAGGGGCGCAACCUGAUGCAAAUUCCUCGCUACAUGGCGAGAGCGUACACAGCCGCAGCUCGCCGAUAUCUGCGGCCUUGGAAUGAGUUCGCCCGUCUCAAUCCGAGCAGAAUCCUCGAGGGUGUCCGGCAAGCCUCUCGCCGUGGUGAGAUUCAAAUCUACUUCCAGCGGAAUGUGAUUGCAAACGCACGACACUUCUGCCCGAACUAUGCUUUCAUCUUUCUGGCGAUGCUGUUUAUGUUCGUUUGCACAUCGCCAAUGCUGCUAAUGAUGCUUGCUGGAGUUGGUGGUGGAUGGUCCCAUGCCAUGCGCAGUGAACAGUUCAGAAAUCGUCCAUGGACGCUGGCGAUAGGUGGUGUCCAGGUGCCUCUUGGAUCCAACAUGAAAAUGUUGAUCAUGGCCUUGCCAACACUUCUCUUCCUGCACCUCUUCAUGGGUCCAGUCCUGUGGUCCGCAGCAUUGUGCAGUGGUGGUGUGAGCCUGGCGCAUGCUGCCUUACGGGACCGUGACGACGUGGAUAAGCUGGAUGAUGCUGAUGACAGGGACGGUUUGACGAAUCGAAUCGUAUCGACUUCAGUGCAUGAAGAUGGAGAGCGCAUCCGAGAUUUUCCGUUGCAGUGCUUGCAGCUUAGCAUGACUUACGCGGCAUCUCUUCUUGCUGGCGCAUUUGUGGAGCGUCUGCUCUUUAAUGCAGAUCUCCACUUUCUCCGUGCAGUGGAGGACUACGCUCGUGGCGGAUGUUGUGUAGAAAAUUCCAACGGUCGCAUAGGAGGCUCUUGGUUUUUGCAACAGGUGGCGCUGUCCUCCCUGCCAGAAGUUUGUGCUGCACUCGCUGCUGUGGCCCUGAAGAUCCUGGGCCAAGGUGCUCCUCCUGGCUUUUGCGCGCCCGUGCAUCGGACAAGGGGGCGGACUCUUGCCCAAAGUGCACUGGCCUCGCGGGAAGUGUUUGCCGAGGAGAGGAGCGAUUACGAAGAGGAUUCUGAACCGGAGGAUGACCUCGGAGUCCCAAAGCUCACGAGGUCAGCUUUCAAGCUGGAGACCUCCAGACAAGAUGCAGACAAGCUGGACAUCGACGCAGUUAGUGCUAUGGUACAAGGCGAGCUGACCAAUGCUGGCUUCAAGGUGCAGAUGCACGACGGUCAGCCAUCGAUGGAUCUGAUUGGAGCUGGGGAUGCGGAAGUCCUCCGGGCGGCAGCCGCGGCUUUGCAACAGCACGCGUUGCGACGGGAGCCUCCGACUGAGGAUUUGAUGGAGUCGCUGCAGGACUUGCUUGCUGAACAGCAGGUGGAUCCUCUGGUCGUGUCAUCGCUGAUGUGGUCCUGUGGAAGGCUGGUGGCAGACACCCGUCCUCUCUUGCCGACCCUGCGAGAUGUCGUCGUCGAGGCCGCUCGAGAUAUGAAUGCGCAGAACUUGACCUCCUGCUGGUGUUCUGCUGCGAAUUUGCAGCCUUAUGCAGAGGAGGUGGAUGAGAUGAUUCCGGCCUUGCUCAGUUUUGUUCUUCCAAAGGCUGCCGACUUGCAGCCAAGCCAGCUCGUGGCCUUCAUUUGGGCAUCCGGCAAGUUGGACCUUCGGCAGGAUGAGGUCGCGCAGAUCAGUGCCUUGCCGAAGCGCCUCCGAAGAUUCGAGCUAGAGAUACUUCCUCUGAAGGACAUAGCCAACUUUGUUUUCGGCCUGUCGCAGCUGGACUUCAGGGAUAUGGAUGUGCUGGGCAUGAUCGCAAAGACGGCCACUGGGAGGGUGGCCAAGUCAAAGCGUAAGGAAGCGCACCAGGACUUGCCAAUGAUUGUGAUGUCGCUGACGCGCUUGGGCUAUAAGGACAUGCAGAUGAACCUGCUCCUUGAUGCUGUUGCAGAUCGGCUACAGAAGACGCGCAUGUUAAAGAAGAUGCCCGACUGGAGCCUGGCAGCCCUGUUCUGGGCCUGGCCGCAAGAUGGCUCGCUGGACGGGGUGAGGAACAUGCAGGAGCUUCUUGCGCCAGAGGUGCAGCAAAGGAUGCGGAAGAACAAGUUUACGAGUCGAAUGUUGGAGAGGAGCUGGAUGGGUCCUGCUGAGUGGAGGAGAAAACCAGCCAAAGCGUAG